AUGACUUCACCAGCCCAUAAAAGAAAAUAUUACUUUGAUGACACCAACGAAGAAGAAGACUUUGAAGAGGACAAAAAGAAACAGAAAAAUAACGAAGAAUCUUCCAACCAAGAAGAACAGGAAAUAUGUGAAAAAGCCAGAACUCUCCUUAAUCCCGUCGAGAUUAAGAAGGGAUCUUUGGAAGAUGUUGACAUCAAACCUCCAAUUCAUGGUAUGUUCGAAGCAAGCAAUUACAAGGGAAAGAAAAUUUUCGCUCUUGACAUUGGGUCAAGUUUUGCAAAAGCCAUGUCUAUUGAAGUACCCAAGUCAGAAAACGCCAAACGUUGCCUUUCAUUAUCGCUCAAAUCUGAUGGCAAUUCAAAUGUUUUCUCCACUACCCUCAACUACAAUGUUACAAGCAAGAAGUUUGACGUUGGUAAUAAUGAGGAUAAAAGAUUGGGCUGGAUUGUGUUAGAAAACAUUAAGAAAAUAUUUAUGGUACAAGAGCUUGUGCACAUCAAAAUCAAUGAUCAACCUUUUAGAGUUAGUGAGUUGAUGUGUGAGUUGGUGAAAGGACUUCUUAGAAAACUUGUUCACACCAAAACUAGAUGUGAGGAAGGAACAUUGGUACCAUCCAUGCCAUAUGCUGCUAUUUUCGUCACUUGUCCUACAGCUACCUCUGAAAUUACUAAGAAAAUUUUUAGAAAUUGCAUCGUCCAUGCUUACAAUUCUCUCUUUAAUUGUACCAUUCAAGAAUCAAAUGUCCAUGUCGUUGAAGAAUUUAAUUUUUUAAAAUACUAUUGCGAUAUGGAGAAGAAUUAUGAAAGCCCUACCAUGUAUGUGGAUAUAGGGCAUUUGACUGUGGAUAUUGUAGUUGUUGCAACAUUAGAGGAUGGUACGACUUGUGUAACUUUGAAACGCUGA